AGUCGCCUCCAUUCCCAACCCCCAAAGCUCCAAACCCUAGCCGGCGAGGCGAGCGACAGGCGGGCGGCACCCGAUCAGCGCCACCGAGGAGCGGCCGGGAGAUCAUCGGAGAGGUCGCCGGACUGGCAGGAAAACACUGGUAGAACCGAAGAAUAGACAAAUAUGGCUUCUAGUGGCAUGAAGGAGUUUUACCGGCAGAAGAAGAAAGGAGGUCCGACCAAAGCAUCCUCUUCUUCUAAGAAGAAAACACAGCAUUACACUGGAGGGGCCUCCGUUGGGGCCUCAGAUACUGCUCAGACAUCGGCCCUAAUUUCUCAUGGUACCGUAGAUCUUAAAGAUGAUUUUAGUGAGCAAGAGGAGCAGUUGCGACUGUUUGAUAUGGACCCAAAGUUUGGCCCCUGCAUUGGUGUUACUCGACUUCAGCGUUGGGAACGUGCUUCUGCCAUGGGUCUUCACCCACCACCUCAUCUCAGGGAUCUCUUACUGAACAAUGCUUCUGCAAGCAUUCGCAAUAACAAUGGUCCCUCCCUUGAGUGCCUCUGGGAGGGCAAAGUCUAAAGCAGCAAAUGGCACUGUAAAUACUGCACUGUUCAUUGCAACUUGCUAUGUCCAGCCCUUCAGACCCCACUCCAAGUGAUGAAUGAAUCACUGUAUUUCUUAGUCAGGGAGCUCGGGUCUGGUAGUUGAAUCAAGGCACACUGUCAAUGACUUCUUGUUGUAGCAAACUAGCAAUCCUUUGUUUCUGCUAUGCUUUCUGACGAUAAUACUUUUCUUUGGCAGUGUAUCUUCAGUUUGUUCUGAAUCCUAAAGUUGUUAGUAAAAUAAUGAGCUGCUGUCCCAAAUCCAGUGUUUGUCAAAAAGAUAAUGCAACUUCUGGUGAUUGAUGCAAGGAAAAAAACAACCAAUGCAAUUAGGCUAUGAAUAAUGCAGUCAUACUUUGACUGCUCUUACUAUGGUCUUGAAAAGUUCAUAUACUUGAGUCUU